AUGGCCAAGUCUGAAAGACUUGACGAUGCCUGCGACGUGCGGAAGAUGAGGUUGACGGCCGAUGAGAUGAAGUAUUUGGAGGAACCACGGAAUAAUAAGUGCGAUGAGACCCGCCCGACAUGCAAUCGAUGUCGGAAGGCUAAUCUCACAUGCGACGACGUUGAAGAUAGCAAUUUUAUCUUCUUAAACGAAAACGAGUUCGCAGUCGGUCGCCAAAAGCGUCCUCGAGGACCUAAUGUGCGUGCUCGCGUUGUCUCCCGCACGAGGGAUGGACAGCGGAGUUCCGACCCACGUCAAAAGACGAACGGCCGGCCCGAAUCCUCGGAGACACUGGUCCAGCAUCCCGAGCCACGGAACAGCGUGUCACAAACUCUGGGUACUCCCAUAGAAGAACAAGCCUUGAACUACUACUACCACAACUAUCUGGAGAUGGAGCACCUUUUACCCGAUCUUGCAGAUAGCCAUCUGAAAUAUGUCGCGGCCGGUCGCUGCUUCGCCGAACCUCACUCUAUCCUCAGUCUUGCGAUAUUCGCAGUAUCGCACGUUACGUUUGGACGCGCACGGAAAUGCCAGACAUCCUUGACUGCAGGAACCAAACAUUACUCAAAAGCCCUUGUGAAAACGAAUCUCGCGUUACAAAAUGCAAGUCAUGUGACAGAUGACGUGGUCCUCCAGGCUAUAAUGCUUUUGAGCUUUUAUGAGAACUCCGUAGUGGACAAAGGUUCAAUACCUGAUUCCAGUCAAGCCAUCCAAACGUGGGCCUCACGUAACUUCGCUCACCAUGACGGAGCAUUAGCCGUGCUCAAGCUGCGCCGGCAAGCACGUCAACGGACCAAUCAUGCGCUUGUUCUGGAUAAAUUGGUCCGACGACAGCUCAUGAGAUCAUUACUCUUACGGAGCAACCCUUUGCCACCCUGGCUCGAAGAUGGAUUCGAGUAUGGAGAACGUGGCUUUGCGCUCGAGCUUGACACUUGCCUGGUGGAAGUCGCGAAGAUACGGCACCGAGCAAAAGUCUUAUUUGCUGAUUCAGCAAGCAAUCCAUCAUCAUCACCAUCAUCAUCAUCAUCAGAGGGAGGAUGCUGCCAAGAGACCCUGCUUCAUAUUCUUCUGGAAGAAGCUUUCGCGGUGGAUACGAAGUUGCUUCGCUGGACAGAUAAUACACCCCUUGAAAACUGGUAUACCACCCAUACAGUGAAGUACUACGGGGGCGCGGAGAUCCACAGCAGGGUUUUUAGCAGCACUGUCCACGUAUACCCUACGGUUGGGCAUGCUGGCAUGUGGAAUCGCUAUCGCGCACUCCGCCUUGCCGUCAGCGAUAUCGUGCUUCAGACGUUGUCCGUCCUAGACGGGUUAACGAAUCCAGACGACACAACCGAGGCUCUGUUAGAUGCUGUGACGUUGACGAUCGAACAGCUCUCAAAUGAUAUCUGUGCCAGCGUCCCAUACAUGUUAGGGUUAGUUGGGACUGGUUGCACCCUUGGCGAUGACGUUAUUAUCGUAAACCCUCCUGCUUCAUCCAAGAGAACUGUAAAAGCUACUACAGCAGGGCUUCUUUGUUGGCCGCUAGCAACAGCGGCAAUGAUGUCCGGGAUGCCUGAAAAAAAUCAACAGUAUUUGAAGAAAUGUCUACUUGAGACACAGGUCCUCCAACAGCAGCAUCCUUCGAUGACUAAGCGACAAGUUUCCCCGCAUUCCCGCAAAACACGCCGGCGAGUCACCGAUCUUCUCGUCCGCCAUGAGCGUCUGGUCCACCCUCCAGAGGGCAACGUGCAUCGUGGUGAAAAUCGAGUAACUGCUACAACUGAGCCUUCGUCGAGCCUUGCAGCCAUACCGGCUCCACGUCCUCCACAAUCUUCAAACCAUGAUAGCCACAUAUUAAACCUACCACAGCCAGUGGCCAUUCAGUCACCCGAAGUAACCCGCCCAGAUGUACCUGUUCAUGCGGCUCAGAUAGCAGGGCCAGCUCAAUUCAACCCAUCUUGGGGAUAUGACCUUAACCUUCUUUCUCAUGCUGCUAGCCAUGUUGCGCUCGAGGGACAGCAGGAGUCACUUGGGCCUAUCCGCAAAACUCCCAUCCAGGAAAAGCCGAUAACUGAAAACUAUGGAGUGGAGCCAUCUAUAUUGGACCUUGCGGACCUAGGGGACCCGGUCCAGGAUUUCACUGUCUUUCUAGAAAGUGUAGGUCUGUCCUCUGAUUGGGACUCUGGAAUGUUUUCGACUGCAGUUGAACAGGAGCCUCUCCUUCCUGGCGUAAUCCCCCCACAUUGUUUUGAUCCAAAACACUCGAUGAAUCCUCCGAAAUACAAUAGUGGAGACAUUAUGGGUGAUCAGCGGACUUCCACCGAGGACGCACCCUCGUUUUCGAAUUUUGGAUCCCGCUUGCCCUCGCUCCAACCAGAGUCUCAGGACCCAGAAGAUCGCUCUGGGAUUCCCGAUGAAACCGCACAGAACAGGCCAGCAUGGGAUGUAUCAAAUCAAGAUAGACAGCUUUUCAUUGCUCGACUUGAAGAUUUCGCCCACGUACUUCCAAAAGGCUUUGUGCCUCCAUCAAGACACGCUCUGUCUCGGUUUUUUGCAGGUUAUAUCAACGGACUUAACGAGCAUCUUCCAUUCAUUCAUGUCCCAACACUAUCUGUGGCUAGAUGCGCCCCCGAGCUGAGCCUCGCGCUAGCCGCAGCUGGCUCUCAUUACAGAUUCGAAAAUAAUCGCGGUAUCGAUCUCUUUUACGCAUCUAAAUCCAUUCUUCUUGAACGACUUCGGCGACGGGAUUCCCGGCGAAUGCCCCAAGUGCCAUGGGGAUUUGGUGGGCCUAGUCCUGCACUUCAUUACUCUCGAACCUCGUCCUCGAUCUCAAAUCCUGGGAGCAGCCCAUUCCAGCAACCAUACAUCUCUACUGUGGAUAGCGCUACGUACCCUGGCGAGGACUCUGUGGCACAAAUGGAAAUUAUCCGUACUUUCCUUCUACUCACUGUGUUUGCUUCAUGGGAAAGACAUCCUGAAUUGCUACGCGAGAUACUUGCACUCCAAAGCACCCUUGCCAGGCUUGUUCGCGAUCAUGGCCUUAACGAAUCCAUUACAUCACCAGACACUAUCAGCUGGGAAGAUUGGGUUACCCGCGAAGCUGAUAGGCGAACAAAGUUCAUUGUUUAUUGUUUCUUCAACCUCCAUUCUAUUAUGUACAAUAUACCUCCGCUGAUUCUUAGCUCUGAGCUAAAGCUCAAUAUGCCGGGACCUGCUGGGGAAUGGAAAGCACCUAAUGCUGCUCAAUGGCGUCGGUUGCACAGGUCUCGUGUUGGAGGCGAUACCUCUUUUCAAGAGGCAUUUAUGAAACUUUUCAUCAAAUCACCCCAGUCGAAUAGUGUUGCUCCCAUAUCUCCUUUGGCCUUGGACUCUUCUCUAAGCUCAUGGAAAGCUGGAUGGAGGCGGACUCCGGAAUCUAGUAUCGACCCUCAAAGCCCUGCUGGACCGAUCGCAUUUACAUCAACUGCCCUUCUCGGCUUAGCAUACAUCAGACUGCAUCUAGAUCUCGGCCCUUGUCGCAAACUUGUGACCCAGGACCCACUUCAGAUUGCGCGGGCACUUAAAGAGUCAACACCUCUUGUCGUGCGGAACCCAAGGCUCACUAUGGCGUUAUUGCAUUCCGCCCAUGCGCUUUCGAUCCCAGUGCGACUAGGGAUAGACUUCGUUGCAAAGACUCAUUCGUUUUUCUGGAGUAUACAACACUCGAUUUGCAGUCUUGAAUGUGCUUUUCUUCUCAGCAGGUGGCUACUCGUGAUUCCCGCCACUCGAGCUGAACAGGGACUAUCCGACCAUGAAAGAAAAUUACUGUUGUGGGUCAAGAGUAUGAUGGAAGAGACAGAUAUGGUAUUCGACAUGGCCAAUAUGGGCGAGACAGACUUCAUAAAUGAUCCCCUCAAGUUGAAGGAGCUUAGCGUUGCCGUUGUCCGUGUGUGGUCAAGGACAUUCAAAGGGAACACUAGUUGGCCCAUAGUAGACCUCAUCGGGUCCAGUUUAGAGAUUUACGCUGAUUUGCUGGAGUCGUAG